AUGUAUGCCUGGGGAAGAGAAAUCUUAGUGUAUCAAAUACAACAAAGUAUCCACUUACAACUUGCUACACCUAAAAACUUAGACAAAUACAACCUUGAAGAUGCAGCGAGGAAAGCCGAAGUAGAGGAAGUAGAUUUAGAUAAUCUGAUCGAAACCAAUGAAGGGUUCCAUAAUCUAACAAACCUUGGAGUACCUAAAAAGCGAGUUGUCGGUAUUAUCUCUGCUGUUACGGCUGGAUUUAGUAUACUUAAGGCUGUUGCUUCACAGAUUGAUGUUUCAAGAGUAUGUGCUAUUGGAUUGUCAAAUCAUGGAAAUCGGAAGUUGGUUGAACCAACUUGGUAUCUUGAAAGUGGAAUUAUCAAAGAUCCCCUACCAAGAGAAAUUUUACCUGGUGACGCCGGUAUAUUUACAUUUGAGAAGACAAAUUAUGCUACAUACGGAACAGCUGGAACUCUGACGUACACUGUUGACGGCACAGAAACACAAAUAGAGGUCAUGUGGUCAGUUCCUAUGGUAUAUGGUAUAUACUCUAAUAGGUUUAACGUAAAGAUUGAAGAGAAUCAGGUUGCAUCAUCAAUGUUGCAUAAGUAUCUGUACAAAAACCAAUCUCAAGAGGUAUCGAAUGGUGGUCACUGGAUGCAUCGUGACCAUAACAACAUAAAGGUUCAUGCAGCUAUGACCAACAACGCCAAGGCAUCUCUAUUAGUGGAAAUAUUUUACAACUUAACAACACCAAUGAAAGAAGUAUUUGGAAAAUAAGAACUAUUAAAGUAUCAAAUAAGUGUGGGUGAUUCAAUUAUUCAAACUGAAUAUCCUCACAAAGUGUAUGUUAUCAUUUUAAUGCUGAGUCUAUAUGGAUGUUCAAUUGUGUUUCAUGAAAAAGAUUGGCUAAGAAUAAUUUGUGUAAACGACUUUAUGUUAUGUUAACCCACGAGUAGACUAGGGUAUAGAGGUAUGGUCACUUCGAUGUUCCC